GAGCGACGCGUGGCAUGUCGCUGGCGGCUGCGGCCCGGGCUGGUGUCAUGGCGGCGGCGCCUGGCCUGCCGGAGAUCGGUGAGCGUUCUCCGGAGGCCGGAGCCGGGCUGGCGGCCUCGGAGGUGGCGAGUAGCGCCCUGCGCUCCCUGGCUGUGCUGGCGGGGCAGCUUAACCUUGGAGAUGAUGUCGUGAAAGUUGUGAUCGAUUGGAGCAAGCUUCAGAGCACAUCAGCACUUCAGCCAACACUGCUCUUUAGUGCACUUCAGCAGCAUAUUCUAUGUUUGCAGCCUCUUUUAGAAAAACUCCAGCCACUGAUUAAAGAGGAAAGUGUAGGUCACGUUGAACCUGCAGGUAAAACAGAAGACCAAAGUUGUGAAACAAGUUUAAAUGUUUAUGAUAGUAACUCUCAGACUGAAGAAAAAUAUGCAAAUUAUGACUUGGGAGAUCUGAAGGAUGCGCAUACUAAUUUUGAUCCAGAGGUGGUCCAAAUAAAAGCUGGAAAAGCAGAAAUUGACAGGCGGAUAUCAGCCUUCAUCAAGAGGAAACAAGCUGAGAUCAAUGAAAAUAAUGUCAGGGAAUUUUGCAAUGUUAUUGAUUGUAAUCAAGAAAAUAGUUGUGCCAGAACGGAUGCUAUUUUCACACCCUAUCCUGGAUUUAAAAGCCAUAUAAAGGUUUCUAGGGUAGUAAAUACAUAUGGACCUCAGACUAGAUCUGAAGGAACACAUAGUUCCAAUCAUAAAGCCAGUGUACCUGUUCAUGACUGUGGAAACCAAGCUGUUGAGGAGAGAUUGCAGAACAUUGAGGCGCACUUACGGUUACAAACAGGUGGUCCUGUACCAAGAGACAUUUAUCAGAGAAUUAAGAAGCUUGAAGAUAAAAUUCUUGAGCUGGAAGGACUGUCUCCUGAAUACUUUCAAUCUGUAAGCUGUUCUGGCAAGAGGAGAAAGGUUCAACCUCCUCAUCAGAACUAUUCAUUGGUGGAACUUGAUGAAAAGAUCAAUGCUAUAAAACAAGCAUUACUGAGGAAGACAAAGGAAAGCAAGUCCAGGGAGGCCGAGCAUCUUCUUCGAUAAUUAAAGAGUCUCCAGAAUCUCAUUGUGUUUCAUACUUAGCCAAGCAGUAGACCAAGUGGUGUUCAUCGAAAAUGACUUCAGCAGUGAAAAUAAAGCAUGCGUGUAUAAGCUCUUUUUGGAUGUUUUUGAAAGCUUGCUUUCUGAAGAACUCAUUUAAAAACAAUCUUAUGAAUGAAAUAGUUACUUUAAAAUGAAGAAUGUUUUAGAAAUAGCAUUCUAAUAAUCCAUUCCCUUCUGUUAUAAAGGAGGAUUGUAGUAUUGUUCUUAUGUGGAAGGUCUCAUCUGUCAUACGAAAGCCACAUCUCAUAUGUACUUCUUGAUAAUCAAGUAUUCAGAAGGGCUGUCUUUUGAAUGUUUUUCAUGUAAGUAGCUUGUGUAGACUUGUGGAAUAAAUAAAAUGAAAUGUGUCUUCAUAACUGUCUUAGUAAAAAAUAAAAAGGGUAUUAACAAAA